AUGUAAUAAUGUUAUAUCGAAGAUGAAUUCGAUGUCGAAGAUGUAAGUCCUUGGCAGGAAAUUAAUUUGUCUCCACAGUAAACACUUUUUAAAUCAAAUCAAUAGUAUCGAAGUUCAACAAUUUAUUCUGGCAAGGAUGAAAAGUAGAAAGUAACAAAUACAAAAACCAGUUAUUCUAAUUAAACAAAACAGACAGCAGCAGCAACUAUAACAGAUUUUCCUAUAAGAUGUUUAAGAAACAGAGUUAGGAGCAUAAAUUAAACACAGAAAUAGUUUUUAAUAGCAACUCCUGUAAAAUAAUAUUGUGAUUUUAAACUGUCAAAGGAGUUGUUGAUGAAUAGGAAUACUGCUGAUUUUCCUAAAUAAACUUUGCCUCGGAAUUUCUUAUCAUUCUAAAGACUAAAGAAGUCCCAGGGCAGAAAAAAAACUGUUCAUUCUCAAGAACUCAAUCCAUAAUUAUUAUAGCUUUAGAUGCAAAUGAAAAAAAUGGAAGAACAAGUGUAAUAAUAAAAGAAAUCAUGUUGGGAAAUUGGUGCUCGUAGACUCUCAAACCCAAAAUUUUAAACUUUUCUAAGUACUUAAGUUUGA